AUUUAAAGUCAGUCUACCAGCUUCGUGUGAGCAAAAAGAAAUUUUUUUUUCUUUUUGCUCUGUUUUAUACAACUUUUAACAAUUACACGAAAAAGAAUGAAGGAUGGCGGCACAAAUAGUUUCAUAAGCUAUAUAAAAAAACAGCCAUCUGUAGAUCUGAUAGUGAUCAGCAGCGAUGAAGAAGACAAUAGCAACAACCUUCCAAAGCAACCUCAGGAAGAACAGCAACAAGAACAGCCAGAUAUAAAGCAAAAUAACACAGAAUACAUCAUGGUUGAUGAUUCCGAUGAAGAACACAUGUCAAAAGGCACAAUGCAAAACUUGGAUAAUAUUGAUUUUGAGGAAAUGUUUGAGCAGCAGAGAAAAGCAUUCCUUGCAGCCCUGGAUGAGAUGUCAAAAGCUUUUUCAUUAGACGACGAACCUGACGUAGAUAUUGUAAAUACUAAAGAAAACGCUGUGGACACGGAGAGCAACAUGGAUGUUAAACCUAUGCAAAUAGACGAAUGUGCUCUAGCUACUGAUAUUUUGGCUGCUCCAAUGCAACUAGACACUCCACUGACGCCACCAUCAUCCUCAUCUGAUUUAUAUAAUACGUCCAGCAUACCCAAUGUAGUUUCAAAUAUACCAACAAAUACCAUUCGCAUCAAUGUACAAUCUCAACCAUCAAUUACAUCAGAUAAACAAAAUAUUAUACCAGACGAUUUAGAUACAGAAGAAUAUCUUAGUAUGUUAGACAUGUAUCUCUUUGCCCUUUCCGAAAUAUCUACUCUCUCAAGUCAAUCCAACUCUGUGCCACGUACAACAUCGCGUCGUGCAACGCGUUCACUGGAAUCGCAUAGUAAUGAGGCGGCCUGUCGAGGGAGCAGCACCGACAUGCAAAAACUAUAUGUCCCCAACAAGGUAUGGUUCAAUUCAACUUGGGAGGAUUGGGCGCAACUGGAUCCAGGUGAUGUGCUGCAUAUACCAUUUUCGAAAAAAGAAAUUGAGGUGUUGGAAUAUUAUGUAAACAAACGUAUGGUACGUGGAUCCAGAGGCCAGGUUGACUUUUGGCUGUUUGUGUCAAGCAUGCUGCCAGGAAGGACUAGGUUGGAUUGUAAGUGGUUUUGGAUUGAUUAUACGAGUAAUAUACCUUUCGUCUACACGAGGCCUGUGAUGAUUAGGCAGUUUAAACGGGCCUUGCCAUACAAGAGUCGAUAUUCAUUAAUUGAACAACGAAAAAGAUCAGGGUAUUUAGUAAGACACGUUGCAAAGCAAUUGUGUUGGGAAGACAUGUCAAAAGAGAGCGUCAUUUCCGGAGGAAGUGGAGAUGCCAUCUCUGUGACUGUGUUUAAGGAUGAUUUUGCUGGGUAACGAUAUUCAAUCGCCAAUAUGCAUGGUUUUAAUCAUUUUGCGUAAAGUGUUCGUGUAGCCGUAGG